UCUGUAAAUGAAGGGUAGGAUUAAAACAUGUCGCUGUUCAUGUGUGUUUGCGUGAAUUUUUGUCGUUCGACCAAUAAUCCUUAUUCUAAACUGAUUAUGAAUAAGACUGGUUUUAGAUUAUGUAGCAAGUUUUACAGAACUUUUACUACGUCCGCUUGUCAACGUCGAAACUCGCGAAAGGCGAAUACCGGAUCGAUAAGUAAUUCAAAUAAGAAUAUAAAUUCUGUCAAUGUCUUAGAAAAUGUGGAGAAUCUUCCACAUGUCCCAUUAAAGAACAACAAUAAAAAGAGCAGAUUCAAAAUGUUUGAUAAUUUCUUGGAGGAGAAAAAAGCUCAGGCAAAUCGGAGUAUCAUAGUUCAAGUUUUAUCUCAGAAAUCAGGCAGUGAACUGUACCAAUAUUGUUUGGGAACCUGUAAAGUGAGAAAUAUGUAUCAUUAUUCAACUCAUCAUUCAGAGCACUUUUACCUGGUGGAAUUAGCCAGCAUUAAUGACAAGUCCACAUUGCUCUCUAAAGCAACUCAUUGUAAUCGUGAUGAACUUCUACCAACGUCUGGUAACAUUCUCUGGUUCCGGAAUUUAAAUUCAGAAAAAGUGAAACAGCUCCCCACAAAACUACCGAUAACAAGACUUUUUGCUACUAAUCAAAUUAGUGAUGACCAAAUGGUGAAACAGUUAUCAACUGCUAAUUCGAUAUCGGAUCAAAUGACGCUGUAUCAUAAACUAGUUAAGCUUAAUGAUAUUGGAGUAAGACUCAGGUUUCUAACUGCGCAACAAUUUGAAUUUUACUUUUCUGGAUUUUUCCCAAACGUAAUGGCAUUUCCUUUUGGCUCUUCAGUAAAUGGCUUUGGCAAAAUGGGCUGCGACUUAGAUCUCGUGGCUAUACUGGACGCAAGCACUGAAAAUUUAAACAGUAGAUUAGUGUAUCAUUCAAAGUCCUUCUCGAAGGAAAAAUUUCACUCGAGAAAAUUAAUGGACCUCAUUGCUACCUCAAUGGAACAAGUCAUACCAGGUAUCUCAAACGUCAAGAGAAUUUUUCAAGCAAAAGUGCCCAUAAUUAAAUUCGAUCACCGGUAUGCUGGUCUCGAAUGUGAUCUCAGCAUGUCUCAGAUGACUGCAGUUUACAUGUCAGAGCUCUUGUACAUUUACGGCGCCAUCGAUCCUAGAGUUAAACCAUUAGCAUUCACUGUAAGAAAGUGGGCUCAGUCCCAACAAUUGACGAAGAAUACACCUGGCCCAUGGAUUACUAAUUUCUCACUCAUACUGCUUGUGAUAUUUUAUUUACAACAUGCACAGAUUCUGCCACCCUUACAAUAUCUUAUCGCAACAGCCACCAAGGAAGAUACCAGAGUGACAGACAGCUGCGUCAACUGCACAUUCGUUAGAAACGUGAACAAUCUAGAAUGGCGAAUAAAGAAUGCAGAGAGUCUGCAUGAUCUAUUGCAAGGUUUCUUCCAGUAUUACUCGAACUUCAACUUCGGGCUCAAAGGGAUCUCCUUGGAAGUCGGGCACGAGAUAGCCAAGCCGGAUAAUUCGUCUCCAGGGAUGUACAUCAAGAACCCCUUGGAGCCGUGGCUGAAUGUCAGCAAAAAUGUCAGCGUAGACCAGGUCGAGAGACUGCGGAGUGCCUUCAAACUGGCCAGCCAGAUUUUCCACGUGAACAGAGAGAACCAUCAAAGAUGGGGAUUGUUGGCUCUGUUUACAGACCUCAAGGGGGGAAAGGAUUCUUCCGUUGACUGUAUCCAUAAUAUCCUACAAGAGAAUGACGACAACGAAGGUGAUGAGUCCAUAACUUCUGAACCGGAGGAUCUCGCCUUUAAGUCUAGAGCCAGGCCCAGAUGAAAGGACCCUAGAAGAGAAACGAAGUUAAUUCGCUGAAAAGUUUCAAUUUGAGAAGACGUAGCGCGCGUUCUACUUCCCUUUGUACAUAGUAGACUUCUUCAGGGAACGCUUGAACGCUGCGUUGCUUGGAACUCUGUACAUGCUGCAAGCAUUCUCGACUUGCGUGAAGUGGUUUUUUUUCUUCUAUCGGUUUUAAUCAGGACGUGUAUUAAUUGGCACACAUGAAAAGCCUGGCAGGUAAAGGUCCUUUCCUCCUAUUUUUAAUCAAAAUAGGAGGAAAAACCAAAAAAUCGAGAAUAUAGAUGUUGGAUUUUUUUUUAUAGACAUUUCUAAAAUAUAGACAAUUAUAGAGCCGCCGACCGAUCGUAGCGUGUACACGUUGAGAAUACUUUAAAUAAAACUUGUACAAAAAAGAA